AUGUUCCCUUCCAAGUCCACUGCUGUGGCACUGGCGAUUCUUCAGGAGUGGUGCAGAUGGAUGGGUGUCAAUGCCCAGCGCUCACUGCUUAUCCUGGGCAUCCCUGAUGACUGUGAAGAAGAAGAAUUCCAGGAGGCUGUGCAGGCUGCCCUCAGGCCCCUGGGCAGGUACCGAGUGCUUGGCAAGGUCUUCAGAAAGGAGAUUGGGGCAAAGGUCGCUUUGGUUGAAUUCGCUGACAAUUUAAACCAAAGUUUGAUCCCCCGACAAAUACCAAGUGCUAGGGGGCCCUGGACUGUGAUCUUCCUGCCUCAGGUCCCUGAUAUCGAGUUACAGGGUACAUUCAGUUUCCCUGCACAGGCUCAUGGGCAAGCUUUGCAAGGGGCUUCAGGUGGGGCAGGGGCUUCAGGUACAUCAGGGGCUGCAGUUGAGGAAGGCGAUGUAGAUGAGACAGGGGCUGUGGGUGAGGCAGGAGGAGCAGCUGAGGAAGGCGUUGAGGAUGAGGCAAAAGAGGAAGGAGCUGCUGCUGAGGCAAGAGUGUCAGAUGAGGAAGAGACAGAGGGUGAGGAAGGAGUUAUAUAUGAGGCAGGAAGAGCAGCCGAGGAAGGAGCUGCAGCUGAGGCAAGAGUGUCAGAUGAGGAAGGAGCAGAGGAUGAGGGAGGAGUUAUGGAUGAGGCAGGAGGAAUAGAUGAAGCAAGACUGUCAGAUGAGGGGGCUAUGGAUGAGGAAGAUGAUGUAGUUGAGGCAGGGGCUCCAAGAAUGUCUGAUGAGGAAGGAGCUGGAGGUGACAUGGGGGUUGCAGGUGUUAUAGGAGCUAUGGGUUGGGUAGGAGCUGCAGGUGAAGUAGGAGCUGCAGGAGAAGGAGGCGUUUUAGAGGCAGGAGCAGGUGAUGAGGGGUCUGCGGGUGAUGAGGGGUCUGCAGGUGAUGAGGGGUCUGCGGGUGAUGAGGAGUCUGUGGGUGAUGAAGGGUCUGGGAGUGAUGAGGGGUCUGCGGGUGAUGAAGGAUCUGUGGAUGGUGGAGGGGCUGUGGGUGAAGCAGGAGCUGUAGGUGAGGCAAGAAUGUCAGAUGAGGAGGGAGCUGCAGGUGACAUGGGAGUUGCAGGCAUUAUAGGAGCUGUGGGAUUGGCAGGAGCCGCAGGUGAGGCAGGAGGUUCAGGAGAGGAAGGGGCCUUUGAUGUGGUAGGAGGGGCACAUGGGGCUGGAGUCUGGACCCAGCAGUGGAGCCAAGCCCUGCAGCCCAUCCUGGAAAACAUGGCCUACCAGGAACUGAGACACUUCUCUGGGAUGGAAGAGCCCGGCUGUGGGGGUCAGUCUUUCGAGAGCUGGCUGGACCAUGCCAAUGACAUGCUAUACCUGUGGCGCCACAUAUCCGAGAGGGAGAGGCGGCGGCGGCUGGUGGAGAGCUUGGGGGGCCCUGCCCUGGAUCUCCUGUGUGAGCUUCUGGAAGAGCAUCCAGACACCCCUGCACAGGACUGCCUGGCUGCACUGGUGCAGGUGUUUGGCAACAAGGAUGCCGCGAUGACCGCUCGGCUGAAGUUCCUGACUUGCUCCCAGCGGCCUCAGGAGACCCUCUUUGCCUAUGUGAUGCGCCUGGAAGGUCUGCUGCAGAUGGCCCUGGAGAAGGGGGCCAUCCAGCCUGCAAUGGUGGAUCAGGCGAGGGUACGGCAGGUGCUGAUGCGGGCCCGGCCCAACCAGAUGCUGCAGAACAACCUGAGAAGGAUGCGGCUGGAGAGGCGGCCACCUGGCUUUGUGGGGCUGCUCAGGCUUGUCCGAGAGACUGAGGCGUGGGAGGCAGCUCUGGCUGAAAAUGCGGUGGUCCCAGUGGGGGAAGGGGUGGAAGUGCAUGGUGGAGAGCUGGAUGUGGCCCAGGCUGCCCUUGUCAGUGUUGGGGGUGCUGAGCCUGCCCCCGCUGUUAGAGAGGCUCUACCAGCUGGUGAAGAUGCUGGCCAGGCUGCUGCUGCUGUUCUUGAGCAAGCUGCUGAGCCUGCUCCUGAUAGUGAUGGUGCCAUAAAGGCAGGCCCUGACCCUGAUGAGGCCAAGGUCUUCCCAGUCACCCAGAGAGAUGAAAAUGCAUCGGCCCCUGCUGGCUCAGGCCAGGCAAGGCCCACUGAGGGCCCAGGUGUGCCUGAGAGCUUGGCCCAUACAGGAGAUCAAGAAGUAGAGCAGCCUGUAUCAGAGGGGCUGAAGGAAGAGUCAGAAAAUGAGGAUGGGGCAUGGGAAGAUAGUCACCCCAAAUCCUUCUUUGGCAAAUAG